AUGAAGUACACCAUCACCGCUCUUUCCAUGCUGGCCAUGGCCGUGGCCCAGCAGGUCGGCACCGAGGAGGCUGAGGUUCACCCGAAGCUGAGCUGGUCCGACUGCACCUCUGGCUCCUGCAGCACCAAGAGCUCUGACGUUGUCAUUGACGCCAACUGGCGCUGGGCUCACAACGUCGGUGGCUACGAGAACUGCUACGAUGGCAACCAGUGGACCGACAAGUGCUCCGGCCCUGAUGACUGUGCUAAGAACUGUGCGGUUGAGGGAGCCAACUACUCGGGCACCUACGGUGUCUCAACCAGCGGCAACGCCAUGACCCUGAAGUUUGUUCAAGAGCACCAGUACGGCAAGAACAUCGGGUCUCGCAUGUACCUCAUGAACAGCGACUCCAAGUACCAGAUGUUCACCCUCAUGAACAACGAAUUCGCCUUCGAUGUCGAUCUGUCUACCGUCGACUGUGGCAUGAACAGUGCCCUGUACUUCGUUGCCAUGAACGAGGAUGGUGGUCUUGCCUCCGAGGCCAACAACGCUGCUGGUGCUAAGUACGGUACUGGCUACUGCGACGCUCAGUGUGCCCGUGACUUGAAGUUCAUUGGCGGCAAGGGUAAUAUUGAGGGCUGGAAGCCUUCCGCCACCGACGAGAACUCUGGCUUCGGCAACCUCGGUGCUUGCUGCGCUGAGAUUGACGUCUGGGAGUCCAACAAGCAGGCUUUCGCCCUGACUCCCCAUCCUUGUGAGAACAACAACUACCACGUCUGCGAGACCACCUCUUGCGGCGGCACAUACUCCGAGGAUCGCUAUGGCGGUGGCUGUGACGCCAACGGUUGCGACUACAACCCUUACCGCAUGGGUAACCAAGACUUCUACGGACCGGGCAAGACUGUCGACACCACCAAGAAGUUCACCGUUGUCACUCGUUUCGAGAACAACCGAAUGUCCCAAUUCUUCAUCCAGGACGGCAACAAGAUCGAGAUCCCCGGCACCACCUACGAGGGCAUCCCCAACGAAGAUGCCGACAUCACCCCCGAGUUCUGCGAGGCUCAGUUCUCCGUCUUUGGCGAGCGCGACCGCUUCAACGAGGUCGGCGGCUGGUCCAAGCUCAACAGCGCUCUCGAGAUCCCCAUGGUUCUCGUCAUGUCCAUCUGGAGCGACAACUUCGCCAACAUGCUCUGGCUUGACUCUAGCUACCCCGUCGACCGUGCCGGCGAGCCUGGUGUUGACCGAGGCCCAUGCCCCACCACCUCCGGCGUUCCCGCCGAGGUCAUCGCCCAGAACCCCAACGGUCAGGUCAUCUGGUCCAACCUUAAGUUCGGUCCCAUUGGCAGCACCUACGAUGUCUAA